AUGGUGAUCAAGAACCGUCGGUUUUACGGACAGAGAAAAAAAAAGACCUCGGCAUCGUCCAGCACGAGUUCCGCGUACGCCAGUACAGACGAUCUUCGUCAAUAUUACGAUAACGACAAACGAAAUUUCCUUGACUCGGACGAGAUCGGAACCGCUCGGCUCUUGCGCUCAUAUUCGCCCAGUCGCAACAGAGCGAGCGGAUUAUUCAGGAGACACUUCAUUAACACAUUUUACCUUACCACGAAAAAUAUUAUAAUAGCCGGUGUGGUAUUAGCUACGGUGAUCCUUGCGAUAACAGCGGUUUGUAGUAUUUAUGGAGCGAAUAGGGAAGAUUAUGAGGACGAAAACGUACCGCCUGAUCCGGAAAUGACGUUACCUCCAUCAUGGAGUAAGCUGAGAGUUUUUAAACGGAGCGCAGUUUGCGCGGAUGGGGCACCAUGCGCAGUUGUGGGAAAAUCGAUUUUAGAAAACAAUGGCUCAGCAGUAGAUGCUGCAAUAGCCUCUAUGAUUUGUAAUGGUCUUGUAAAUAUGCAAAGCAUGGGUCUCGGCGGUGGAUUUUUCAUGACAAUUUACGAUAAAGCAGCGAAACGUGCUUAUACAUUAAUUGCAAGAGACCGGGCGCCAUUGGCAGCCAAUGAAACAAUGUACGAAGGAAAGCCCAAAGAAGCAUCGUUUAUUGGUCCAUUGGCCAUUGCUGUGCCCGGGGAAUUAGCCGGCUAUUGGGAAGCCCACCAACGUUUUGGUAAAUUACCGUGGGCUGAUUUAUUUAGACCUUCGAUCGAACUCUGCGAGGAAGGAUACAAUCUAACAAAAAUCCAAUACGACGGAUUUAGAUAUAAUGCAAACAAUAUUUAUAAGGAUUCAGUAUUAAAGAAUUUGUUCGUCGAUCCGAAGACCAACGAUUUCUACAAACCAGGCUCGAUUAUCAGACCAAAGAUGUUAUGUAAAACCUUGCGAAUUAUUGCAGAGAAGGGAGCUAAAGAAUUUUAUAAUGGUACUUUGGGCAAGCUUCUGAUACAAGAUUUACAUGAGAAGGGGGCAAUAUUAACGAUCGAAGACUUACAAAGUUAUAGGACUACGUGGGUGGAUCCUCUCCAAUCUAAGCUGUCUAACGGAAUGAAGGUCUAUACCGUUGGUACGCCCGCCAGUGGAGCUCUGUUUAUAUAUAUCUUAAAUAUAUUAGAUAACUUCCACUUUACCCCUGACAGUAUAGCCGACUACAAUAGUACGAUUCUGACAUAUCAUCGAAUGAUAGAGACAUUCAAGUACGCUUACGCGUUGAGAAACGACAUGGCCGAUAAAGAGUUCGUUGACAUGAAAGAAUUGAUCGGGAACCUGACGUCGAGGAGCUACGCGCGUUUAACACGAACGAAAAUAGAUGAUCACAGGACAUGGGAUGAUCCUAAGCAUUAUGAAACCUCUACGCUAAGCAGUGUGAAGGAUCAGGGAACCGCUCACGUUUCAGUAUUAGCACCAAAUGGAGACGCAGUGGCAGCCACGAGUACUAUAAAUUUCUAUUUCGGAAGUGGUGUGACUAGCGAAAGUACUGGAAUAUUACUGAACAACGCAAUGAACGAUUUCGGUGUGCCGUCGACGAUCAACUACUUUGGCAUUCCACCUAGUCCAAACAAUUUCAUCGCACCGGGAAAGAGGCCUUUGUCAUCAAUGGUACCAUCAGUUCUCGUUGACUCGAAUGAUGAUGUGAAGAUUGUUGUUGGUGCUUCCGGUGGAACUAAAAUCACUACGACAGUUUCACAAAUAGUAGCCAAAAUCAUUUGGAUGGGACAAACAGUGAAGGAAGCCAUGGACGCACCGAGAAUACAUCAUCAAUUAUAUCCACCAGAAAUCUUCUACGAGUACGGCGUGCAGAAGCAAGUGAUAGACGGACUGAAGAAGAUCGGACAUAAGACCGCGCGUUACAGGGUUCGCGGCAGCGUGGGUUGCGUUAUUUUGGUGAAUAAUGGCACAGUUUAUGCGAACGCCGACUUCCGGAAAGGCGGGGAUGUGUAUGGAUUCGAUUGAAUUCAAACGAAUGAUAAUAAGUAAAUAUUAUCUUCGACUGUAAAAUGUAAUUCAUUAACCUGCAACAGGGGAACGUUGAACAGAAACAUACUGUUCGAGUUUUCGA